AUGACAAAUAAACAUAUGAUCAUCAAGAUUCUAAUUAUCUUUUCACUUAUUUAUGAAACUCUUCUCAUACAAAUUCCUACGCCACCGAAUCCGCAACAGUUCACUAUUACUGCCGGAAAGCCUAAACAUGCGCCACAAAUCGAAGUGACAACAAAUUAUGUAGAUCGUUUUGCAGAUCUCUUUCGCAUUGAUGUAACUAAUGAAGGUCGUCUCACUGAACAAGCUUUCUAUUAUGGAGGCAAGAAAAGUGGAUAUCUUAUUUACUAUGAUGAUAAUUCUCCUCGAUGUACUAAAACCAGCGAGAAUGAUGCAGAUAUGUUAGCAGAAUGGCAAAUAUUAUCCUAUGCUGGAAAAACAAAAUCCAUUACUCCACCACAUAUUGAAUGUUAUAUGUGGAAUAAGACUAUUCAAUCUUGGACGUAG